AUGAAGUCUGCCAAUACCAACGCGCUGUACUCCAACGACGCCGUCACCGACAGCGUCGUCGACUACGCGGCGGCGCACUCGGAGGCGCUGCCGACGCACAUCAGCGACUACCACGCGCGCAUCGUGGCCAGCCAUCCGCGCAUGGACUACAUGAUCUCCAACCUGCAGGGGCAGUUCCAGACGUUUAUCGCGCGCGCCGUCGGCGCCAAGCGCGUGCUCGAGAUUGGCGCCUUUGUCGGCUACUCGGCCAUGGUGUGGGCGCACGCGGUCGGCCGCGACGGCAGCGUCACCACGCUCGAGUUCAAGCCCGAGUAUGCGGACGCGGCCCGGGCUGCGUUCCAGGAGAAUGGCGUGGAGAAUGUGGAGGUGAUUCAGGGCGACGCCCUCGAGACCCUGGCCAAGCUCAGCCCCGAGGAGCCGUAUGAUCUCGUCUUUAUUGAUGCCCAGAAGACGGGCUACCCGGCGUAUCUGCGCACGAUUCUCGAAAAGUCGCAGCCGGGCGCCGGCGCGGGACGCCUCCUGCGCAAGGGCGGCGUCAUCCUCGCCGACAACAUCCUGCGCCGCGGCCUCGUGGCCAACGACAGCGAGGAGAACCCGUGGGCGGCGGCGGGCGCCAAGGACCGCGAGCGCAGCGAGUACGAAAAGGACAAUGACGUGGAGGCGCUCCGCGAGUUCAACGACCUGGCGUUCAAGAGCGAGAGGUUGGAAGCGUUUCUGAUGCCGCUGUUUGACGGGGUUGGCAUGUCGAUGCUGCGUGACUAG